AUGAUCGAUGACCAUGAAGAGUUGAAAUCUAUGGCCGUUCAGUAUUUUGCUAACUUAUUUACUGGUAGCACAGAUCAGUAUAUCCCUUUUCCUUUCAAGGGUAUGUUCCCUCAAUUAGAUAUUGCUACCUCAACUCUUCUGGCCAAAGAAAUUACGAACGAUGAAGUGAGAAUGGCUCUCUUUGAUUUGCAACCCUUGAAAUCUCCGGGAGUGGAUGGCCUUCAUGCGCUUUUUCUCCAGAAUCAAUGGUCUACUGUUGGGCCAAAGAUUUGUGAUUUUAUUAAAGGUAUCUUCAGUGGGCAGGAGUUUCCGAGAGAGAUAAACAGGACUCUCAUUACGCUGAUUCCUAAGUGCGAGAAUCCAGAGUCGAUUAAGAGCUUCCGGCCGAUUAGCUUGUGCAACGUUAUCUAUAAGAUUAUUACUAAGAUUAUAGCUAACCGUCUCAAGAAAGUUAUGCCCCACAUUAUUGGUCCUAUGCAAACUAGCUUUGUCGAAGGGAGACACAUCACGGACAAAAUUAUUCUUGCCCAAGAAGCCUUACAUUCGAUGCGAAAGAAAAAAGGCAAAAAAAGUUUUAUGGUCAUUAAGAUUGACCUUGAGAAAGCGUAUGAUCGCAUCUCUUGGGAUUUUCUUAGUGAAACUUUGGAAGAUAUUGGCUUUCCUACGUUCAUGUCGAAGGUCAUUAUGAGCUGUGUUUCUACGGUCUCGAUGAAUAUUUUGUGGAAUAGCAGCCUCCUUGAUGAAUUUUAUCCGACUUGUGGCAUCCGUCAAGGCGACCCGAUCUCUCCCUAUCUCUUCGUGCUUUGUGUUGAACGGCUCUCCCAUUUGAUUAAUAAAGCGUGUUCUAACAAGCAGUGGAAGCCUUUAAGUAUGGGACGGCAUUGUCCUGGGUUAUCACAUUUGUUUUUCGCCGAUGAUCUCCUCUUGUUCAGUGAAGCUUCUUAUGAGCAGGUAGAGAUUAUUAACUCUAUUCUCGAUACGUUUCGUUCUUCGGCUGGGCAAAGGGUUAACAAGGACAAAACUAAGGUUCAUUUCUCUACGAAUGUCCCUAAUGCCACGAAAAACGCUCUAGAUCAUAACUUGGGAUUUCAAGCGACAGAAGAUUUGGGAACUUAUUUGGGGGUUCCGCUUAUUCAUGGUAGAUAUUCCAAGCGUCAUUGUACUGGUGUGAUGGAGAGUAUAAUGACCCGUUUGUCUAGCUGGAAUGCUAGAUCUUUAUCCCUUGCGGGAAGGUCAACUCUUAUCAAGUCGGUGAUAUCUUCUAUUCCGAUUUACACGAUGCAAACAGCUUCCCUCCCAAGAGGUUCCUGUAACCUUAUUGACAAAAGUUGUCGAAGAUUUCUGUGGGGCUCUACCAGUGAUAACAGGAAGAUUAAUCUUGUCAAAUGGGAUGUUGUGAAUAGACCUAAGAUGGAAGGUGGUUUAGGUCACAAGAAUAUCUUGGCGAUGAAUGAAGCUCUUCUUAUGAAAAUUGGAUGGAACCUAGUUGCCAACCGAGAUGUUUUUUUGGUGAAUCUGCUGAGAUGUAAAUACAAAUUGAGCGAUAAUAUGGCUCCUGAGCUUUCUAAUACCGGCGGUGCUUCUCAUCUUUGGCGAAGUGUUGGAAAAGUUUGGAAGAAAAUUCAAGAAGGGGUGAGAUGGGCGCUUUGUGAUGGCUCCAUAAUUCGGUUCUGGCUCGACCCUUGGUUAGGAGAUAAUAACAUUCUUAUUGAUAUUGCUGCAUCUCAAGUCCCUAUUGAUAUGCUAAAUUACACUGUUAACUACUUUGUUAACAGUAAUGGAGGUUGGGAUUGGGAGAAAUUUGCUCCGUUCAUUCCGGCGAGGUGGGUAAUGAAAAUCGCUAAUGUUAUUCCUCCUCAUCAUAGUAACGGCGUGGAUUUCUUAUACUGGGGUUUAUCUAGCUCAGGCCAUUUUACGACAAAGUCUGCUUAUUCUUUCUCUACUCAGGACAACAUGGCUAUUAAUGGUGUUAACUGGACGGCAGUUUGGAAGUGGACGGGUCCGGAGAAGAUUAGAUAUUUCUUGUGGUUUGCUAAGCUCAGCAAGAUCCUUACCAAUGAAGAGCGUGCAAAAAGACAUAUUUCUGCAGAUAGUGGGUGUCCGAGAUGCUUCAAAGAUGUUGAAACGUGCUCCCAUGCUUUAAGGGACUGCGAAUUUUCCUCUUUAAUUUGGAAUAGGUUCUUAAAUCCAGAUAAAAAGGUAAGCUUCUUCUCAAUGAAUUAUGAUGUUUGGCUUGAUAACAAUCUGCAAGGGCAUUUUAAUGGGAAUGGUAAAGAGAACUGGACGAUAACGUUCGGUGUAAUCCUUUGGAGCUGUUGGAAGUGGAGAAAUAAUUUUAUUUUCGCUGAUAACAGGGAGUCUUUUCAUUCAGUAGUGAAGGGUGUUGAUAGCAUGGAGCAGUAUAUAUCUCUUGCCAAGAAUAGCAGAAUUAUGCAGAUGAGAGGUGUGAAUUGUUAUAAAAAGUUGCCCAUUCAUUGGUAUUGCCCGAAUCCAGGAUGGACAAAAAUUAACACAGAUGGCUCUUUUAAUGCACAAUCCCAUAUUGCUAAAGCAGGUGGUCUGGCCCGUAAUGAAUCCGGUGGUUGGAUAGGAAGCUUCUCCAUGUGUAUUGGCAAAGAUUCAGUGUUAGGGGCUGAAUUUAGAGGGGUGUAUUUUGGGUUGCUCCUUGGUUGGAACUUGGGUGUGAGGAAGGUAAUUAUGGAAGUGGAUAAUAAGCAGGUGGUGGAUAAAAUUAACUCUGCUUCUAGUGCAGCAGAAUUCUCUAACAUUCUUGCUGCGAUUCGAGGUCUCUUGGCUCGUGAUUGGACUGUUAUCAUUACUCAUGUGUAUAGAGAGGCAAACUUUGCUGCUGAUCAUCUAGCUUCUCUGGUGCCGGAUAGUGUGCUGUGGUGGGCUGCAGCUGAAGAAAUAGAGAAGCUUAAUCACAUUGAGGUAAUAUUUGUGCAAGUGAAUUCUUUAUUUUCAGCUAGCAAUGUUUAUACUCCAUGCAAUAAGUUUGUAGACAUACUAGACAAUCCUGGAUCCGCUGAUCUCAGUACCUAUCUUGAUUUUGCUUCUGUCAGGCACUCUGCUGAAGACGCUUCAGAAGAUAAUUCUGUGCAUGGCCAGAUGACCCUGUCCCAGUUUCUUGGUUCUCUCGGCAUAAAUUUUCGAGUGGAAGCAUUGCUACAGAACUGUAAGGAUGAACAAGCAGAGUCUCUAAGAACUGGAUACUGGCGUCUCGUGGAAUGGAGAAAAGAUGAGGAUAAUGCAAAGACAAUAGAACAGUUAGAUGUAACGGUUGAGGGGCUAACUGAUAAUGAGAGGCUGGAGAGGGUAAUGAUACUGAAAGGGUGCAGGGGGGUAAUUGAGGGUGGAAGGUUAUAUAUGGAUGCUGAUAGAGUAAAUAUAGAGGCUGAUGGGGUUGAUGUUGUAGAGGAGUGGGUAAGUGACAAUGUGGUUAUUGAUGGUGUUGAGGAAGGGGUGAAUGAUAAUGUUGGGGGGGAGGGGGGGAGGUUAACUUCAUUUUAUGGUGUAGUUGAGGAUUGGAACGGGUUGAAAGAAAAUGUGGAUGAGAGGGUAAAUGCAGAGGAUGCACAAAUAUUGAGAAAAAUUGACAAAUACCCUACAUGUGUAUUUGUUGGGGAUAAUUUCAUAUCAGAAAUAUUUAUUGAAGACGACCUAGUUUUCGGCAUUUCAGAUUUUGUGUGGCUUGAGGGCUUUGCUGUAGAGAUAGUGAAUGAUGAUGCUUCUACUGGGUCUAGGUCUAGGUCUAGGUAUGCCAGUGUAGCCCCUAAUGAGGGUAUCCAGAGACCUACAGCAGCAACAAAAAAUGCUAAAAGAAAGAAGAAAUAA